UCCUACCUGAGAUUGAAGAUGUCGAAGCAACCAGGUUGGUUGAUAUCACGGCUGCUUCAAAUAAACUCACCCAUGUCCCCAUGUCGUUUUUUAACAUAAAAGGCUUACGAUAUCUGAAUCUAGUCAACAAUCGCAUCGUAUCUUUGCUGAAUAACAAUGUCAAUGACGCCGAGCAGUUCAGUGAUAGCAAUGAUGCAACGAGCUUCGAUGAAGUCGAAGAUAUCACUUGGCAAUGUCAUUCAUUAAAGUCUCUGAAUCUAUCCGGAAAUCAGCUGAAAUUCAUCCCGUCUGCAAUUCAUGCUGCGAACAGUUUAGAAAAGCUAUUGUUGCGUGGAAAUCAAAUUAGUUCGUUCCCAACAGGAUGGAAAUGUCCAUUAAGAAUCCUAGAUUUAUCUAAGAAUGAAUUGACAGACUUCAGGCAGUCUGUUUUCAAUGCAUGGACUGAAACGAUGGUCGAUUUGAACCUCAGUUCGAACAAAUUCUCAUCAAUAUCUUGGGAUAUAUGCCAGUUAAAGUUGCUGCAAUACCUGGACUUGAGUAAAAAUUGCAUUGAAAAUAUGCCGCCGAAGCAUUACUGGACCUGCACGAACUUACGAAAACUAAAUCUGAGUGAAAAUAAGUUGUGUGGCGUUAGCACUCGAACGACGACAACGAGUCCGACCGGCAACCUCCGAAGGCUGACGUUCAUGUCACGCCCUCCGACAGUGGACCGAGAUGAAAUCGAGGACGAAUUUCCGUAUGAAGUUUUCGGGUCAACCCUUGAGACCCUGGACCUGAGUGAUAAUAAGCUUGCCGUGGUUCCGAAAUCUGUUUGCCAGUUGACCUCGCUCGAAGAUUUGAAUCUUUCCAGAAACCGACCUUUGAGAAGUUUGCCUCCGGACUUGGGCAACCUCACGGAAUGCUAUCAACUAGGAAUAGAAGGUCUCAAUCUGAGUGGAAUUCCGAGAUAUGCUCGUUCAGGUCAUACGUCGAAAGAUGUGCUGACGUAUCUCAGGGCCAAGCAACGAAAGUCUGUCCCGUAUUACCGAAUGAAAUUGAUGGUUAUUGGUUUGCAGGGACGUGGAAAAACAACCCUUCUUGCUGCGUUGCGCAAUCAACCUCGUCCUCCAAACAUUUCAACAGUUGGUAUUGUUGUUAACCAGUGGACUGUUUCUGGCUUUCAAACUCUCCGUGAGAGAAUGGUACAGAUUGGUAGAAGGGAUCAGGUCAAUCCAUCCAUUACAUUCAGUACUUGGGAUUUGGCAGGCCAAGAGAUAUACUACUCUACACACCAGUGUUUUCUGUCAUCUAACACACUUUACUUGGCUGUGUGGAACAUCUCAACCGGUGAAGAGGGGAUCGAUAAAUUAAAACCCUGGCUUCUCAAUGUUCAGGCACGAGCGCCUGGUUCUCACGUGAUCAUUGUCGGAACACAUCUGGAUCUUCUGCCCGGGGCGGGAAAGUACAGGCGCGUCGACGAGCUUCGAUUAAAUAUCGCCAAACGAUACAAUAAGAAAGGUUUUCCACUUAUCAAGGGCUACUACAUGGUCUCUUGCACGUCUGGUGAAAAUCUGGACGAGUUAAGACAAGCCAUUUAUCAGGCAGCCUUGGAACUGAAGGAGACGGAAAGCACAGGAAAAGGAGACACUCUGAUUGGUCGAAAGAUUCCGAUCAGUUAUCUGAAACUUCAAGAGACUGUUAUGAAAGAAGCUGAGAAUCGUAUGAAGGAAAACAAACCUCCCAUUUUGAACGAAUACGAAAUGUUGGAGCUGGCAAAGAAGGAUCCGAAUAACGAUAUCUUGGAACGAGACGAAUUAAUCCUAGCUGCAAGAUUUCUCCACGAGAAUGGAGUUAUUCUACACUACAACGACCGAUCAAGAGGUCUCGACAAACUCUACUUCAUCGAACCCGGUUGGCUCUGCAAAAUUAUGGCGUUCCUGGUCACCGUCAAGGAAACGAAUGCGUUCGUUAAGGGCGGGAUUAUGGAAAAAUCCAAUGUGAAUUUGUUGUUGAAAGAUCCAAGACUUCCGCCUGAAUUUAUGGAACAGUAUAUUCAGUUGAUGGAGAGAUUUGAAGUCGCGUUAGCUUUGGACGAUCAUCGCCUGUUGGUUCCCUCAAUGCUACCGCGUGAUAAACCUGGACUUCAACUUGCUGACCUCAGCAAAAUGAUGAGUCGUGGAAAGAGCGGUCUGUCGGCCGCGUCAGAGGACAAGGAGAAUGAGGAGGAAUGCGAAGACCAAACUUCAGAAGAUCAGUUCCAGUAUCUGUGCCGCCUGUACAAGAUGAAUUAUGUGCCCAGCGGAUUCUGGAGUCGCCUCAUUGCCCGACUCAUGAUUGCCGUGCAGAGGUGGGGACCGACGAAGGAUGUUCGACCCACCUCGAGCUUUCGUCCAGUACCUCACGGUUAUUCGAUGAUCUACUGGCGUGAAGGAAUGGGCGUGGUUUAUGAUGGAGGGCAUCUGUUGGUGGAGUCUUACUCUAAGACCGAGCGAAAUCCUCACAGUCGGAUGUUGGAGGAUAUUGAGGGAGUAAAAGUGACCGUCUGGUCAGAAGAAAAAGAUUUUUCAGUUCUUGGUUUCGUCACAGACCAAGUGAAUUCGCUCAUCACCGAAUGGUACCCAGGUUUGGAAGAAAGCGACAAGCAUGGCAUACCACUCGUGCGUCACGUGAUACCCUGUCCGAUAUGCACGUCGCACAACGAACCAACGUUCAGAAUGAGGCGUUCCGUGUCCAUGAAGAAUGUUCAAGAAAUGGAAGAGAGAAGACUCCCUGAGUUUUCUCUAAUGGAGUGCGCAGCCGCUGCUGUCGAUUACACGGAGAUUGCAUGCCCUGAGCACGUGGACAGGCCCGUGAAACUUAGCAGUCUGAUACCUGAUCUGGUUCUCUCCGAUCUUCCACCUGAACUUCUCAUAGAUAGAAAUGUAUUUUUGUACAACCCAACUGACGAAAAUCGUCUCGGAAGUGGAGGAGCUGGCGAGGUGUUUCUUGGAAUUUACAAAAAGCAGAAAGUUGCUGUGAAAAGAUUUUACUCUUCAAAUAACACUAGCACUGAUAGUGGACUAGGCCCGAGUCUCGGUUGCUAUGGCAAACGUAGUGGAAGCCGUCAUACUGACGGGGGGUCGUUCACUGAUCGCAGUCGCGUGUUUACUGUUAGUCCGACAACCAUUGAGGAAGAUUUGAGAAGGACAAAAGUAUUGUCAUCUUUCGUGGAGCUACGCCAGGAAGUGUCAGUAUUGGGUCGCCUCAAUCAUCCGUGUGUUGUGGCGUUGAUUGGUGUAUGCAUACAACCGAUGUGCAUAGUGCUCGAGCUCUCCCCUCUCGGCAGCUUAUUUUCCAUACUCGAGAAAGAGAUGAGUAAAAUGAAAGCUGAAAGGUUUCAACGAGGCUGCCAAACAGCACACGAUGUGAGAAAGCCGAUAUUUGAUCGUUAUCUCACCUACAAGAUCGUUUAUCAGGUUGCUCAUGCGUUGCAUUAUCUUCAUGAACUGGGUAUCAUUUACCGGGACCUAAAAUCCGAUAAUCUUCUCGUAUGGUCGCUGGAGAGAGAGGCUGUUGUCCACGUGAAACUCUCGGACUACGGCAUCUCCCGAUUUGCAACCCCACAAGGAAUGCUGGGAGAGGAAGGGACUCCUGGUUUCCAGGCUCCAGAAGUACGCACAGGUUCAACUUACAACGAAAAGGUUGAUAUCUUCUCAUUCGCGAUGUUAAUUUACGAGAUUCUCUCAGGCCUACGACCGUUCCACGAGUGCCGUUGUUCGGCUCAGAUUAAGAAAGCAUUGCGUCGAGGAGAGAGACCAUCACUCCAGCAAAACUAUCUGGAUUCUGAGAUCCCAGAACUCGAAACACUCAUGACAAAAUGUUGGAAAGAGUCAGCCGUUGCAAGACCAUCAGCUGAGGCUGUGCUGGACCUCAUGGAAGAUUCGUCGUUUCUUUGUCUUAAUCGUAUCAUGCCUUACGCUGAUCAACAGCCGUGGAAUAGUAUCACAGCUUUUAUACCUUUAUCAGAAGAAGAUGAAGUACUAAGUGAAGCUCAGAAGGCGAUUGGCAGCCACUCUGUGUUACUCUGGGGCGGCGAGGUUGAUGAACGAUAUUAUUCUGUUGUUGAUUGUAAAACUGGGAUAGACCAAGUCCCUCAAACUCUGUGUGUAGGACCUCGUGUUGGGUGUUUGGCCAGAGUAGGGGAUAGAUUUUGGCUGGGAACUGAGGGUUCUGUUAUUGAGGUGUUCGGUCGUCCCAAUCCUGCUUCUGAUUUGAAGAUUUUAUGGUCCAUUAAGUUAAAUUCACAAGUUUUGGGGUUAGAAGUGGAGCAUUUCGUCGACCGAAGAUCUGUGAAUUCAUCAAUCGAUCGUGUUCGCCGGAUUUUUGCCUGUCUUGCCAACGGUAGUGUGGCUGUCAUCUCCCGGCCGGACUUUCGCCCACCUUUCUCUUCGAUCUGUUCGUUUCAGUUCAAAGCAGAUUCGAACGAAAAACAACGCCGGGAAGCGACCGAAUUUUCCAUCAUUACAAAUAUAGAGAUCAGUGACCCGGCCACGUCAGCAUGUUGCCUUCUCUUCGUGAAGGAUGGCAGAGAAUUGUGGGUAGGCUGUGGAAAUAUGGUGGCGAUUGUCGACACAGACACCCUUAAGGUGGUGCACAAAUUCCGGGCGUACGCUUCCCCCAGGUCGAAUGUCCGGUCGAUGGUAAGUGACGGUCCUACGGUAUUCACCAUCAAUCGAAAGACCCCGGAUGUCUUUCAGUGGAGCGUCGAAACGAGGCAACGCAUUUGCAAAUUUAACAUCGGGCAGGAAGACCCGCGCGGAAUGAAACUCGCAGAACUCGUGAUGCCAACGAAAGACAAUGACGUCAACGCGAGUGAGUUCACUGAUGACGUCAUGGGAGAAGACGGUGACGAAACCGUCGUGAAAUCACCUGACGAAUCUGAUAGUCAUGAUAAGGCUGAGGGGGAUGAAGAGGGAGUGUGA